GUCUUUAUUUUUUUUUUUUACUUUUAUUACCAUUUUAUGACGGAGGCGUGAACAAACAUGGGUUUAUCUCAGAGCUCAGAGGUGUCCGAAGGAGGGACGUACGGAUACCACGUUCACGUCGUGCAGCCGAAUUCACCUGCGGAAAAGGCCGGACUCCAGCCUUUCUUUGACUUCAUUCUGUCUCUGGACUCCAAAAGACUCAAUGAGGAGAAUCACAUGUUAAAAGAGCUCCUGAAAGUCAACGUGGAGAAAUCAGUGAAGAUGGAGGUGUACAGCAUUAAAACCACGAGCGUCCGGGAGCUGGAGGUGGUGCCCAGUGACAUGUGGGGAGGGCAGGGUCUGCUCGGCGCCAGCGUUCGCUUCUGCAGCUACCAAGGAGCCAAUGAAAACAUCAUGCAUGUCCUGGACGUGGAGGCCAAUUCACCAGCAGCACUCGCAGGACUUCAGCCACAUACUGACUACAUCGUUGGAGCAGAUCAACUGUUGCAGGACUCAGAGGAGUUCUUCUCGCUGAUCGAGGCCCGUGAAGGGAAGCCGCUGAAGCUGCUGGUGUACAGCACACGGACCGAUGUCUGCAGGGAGGUGGUGGUCACACCCAAUGCCUCAUGGGGAGGAGAGGGCAGUUUGGGUUGCGGCAUCGGGUACGGCUACCUGCACCGAAUCCCUGCAACCCCCGAUGUACCACAAGAGGAGCCGGACCCCCCAGCCCCAUCGGACCCCUCGGACUCCCUGGUCCUGUUAGCUACCUCGGACUCCCCGGUCCUGUUAGCUACCUCGGACUCCCCGGUCCUGUUAGCUACCUCGGACUCCCCAGCCCUGUUAGAUACCUCGGACUCCCCAGCCCUGUUAGCUGCCUCGGACCCCCUAGCCCUGUUGGACCUCCCGGCCCCGUCAGACCCUCCUGCCCCAUUGGUUUCGUCGGACUCCCCAGCCUUGUUAGCUGCCUCGGAUCUCCCAACCCUGCUGGACCCUCCAGCCCUGUCAGCUGUCUCAGAUCCCCCGGCCCUCUCGCCCCCCGAAGAGGAGCCCUCUCCAGAGCUUUCUCCACAGGGCUACACAGAGGCUGCUUUGGCAGCUCCUCCAGUCCAGGAUGAAGAUCUGGACUCUGAUCCGAUCGGGCCUCAGGAAGCUCCUCUACCUCCACCCAUCCAGAGAGUCAUGGACCCCGGUUUUCCUGAUUCUGACGAAGCGGUGAUAAACGACGACCUCGAAGAUUUGGUCGACGGCCUGGAUCUGUCCAUGUCCUCCAUCGACAUGUCCAACACUUCUUUGUCUCUGUAACCAAAACGGUAGAAACGUGAGCGGCGUCAUCCCUCAGAGGCGCAAAAGUAGACGAGACGGGUUCAUUUCUGGUUCCCCAAAACAAUCAAUACUUGAAUACUUUCCAAAGAACCGCAUAUUUACGCACAGUGCCACUUUGACAUUCUCUGUUCUUUACCUGUUUCAUUGUGUUUGUCGUACUGUGUGGACGUUCGGGGGGAAAUGUUACUUCAAAAGAAAGCAAUACGGAUAACAGAGUAACCCUCCCAUUUUACUGUCAGAAUUUAUAGAUCUGGUUCAUUUAAAGCUUCACUUCUGGGUAACAUUAGUGAAAAUACCUGAAGAAAGGGCUAAAGAAGGUUCAAGACCUUUUCUUUUUUAAACUUGAUACAAACUAUCGAAACCCUUGGCUGGUGUUAUAAAAGAAUAAUAUAAAUAUUAAAACUAUAUGGUUUUUAAAAAUAUCGACUGUAAUUUGGAAAAAUUAAAAAGGAUAUACUUUUCUUACAGAGAUAAUGCAUUAACUUUGAGUAAAAGCAAUAAAUCAUGCCAGUAAAUUAAUAAAAGAAUAAGGCAUCAGGGGAUGCAGGGAAUUUACAAGUUGCAAGUCUACCUUUUCCACGUUGAACUUUUUUUUUUUUUUUAACAUUUGUUUUAAACUUUGGUUUUUAUUUACUGUCAUUCAUCUCUGAAUUAAUCAGCAGUGUUUUCAAAGCUGCCAGACUUGCACAUUGUCGCCGUCUUUCUAGUUGCACACAUCGAGUGUUUUAAUGUAAAACA